AUGUCAGCGCGACGCAGCUGGCGGGUUCGCAAGAAUGGUUACCAGCCGGCCGUCGAGGAUCGGUUUGUGGAGCAUGGCGAAAGAUUCGAGGAUGGUGCGGUAGAGCGGUUCCAAGGCCCUCACAAGUUCUUGUCGAACUUCUUCUGGUCUCAGCUGGACUAUGAGGGCCUUUGCUACCCCUCCGUGGAACAUGCUUUCCAAGCCGCGAAGCUACGCAGAAACGAGGAGCGAUUGGCUUGGGGCUUCACUGGCAGCAUCAGCUUCGGUGAGGCCAAGCGGCUAGGACGCCAGGUCGUUGGCGGUGGCUUUGAGUUGAAACUGGAAAAUCUGACGAAGUUGAUCCAAGAUUCAACACCGUCUUCCUCAUCGUAA